AUGACGGCGACGUUGUUCGAACCUUCAUUCUCGGACGAGCAGGUCCUGGGUCACGACUUGCCUGUGGCACCAGCAGCCAUGGGCUAUUCUGAGGUCCUGCCGGAUGAUUCUGGAACCGUGAGACAACAACCAGAGCCAGCUUGGUGGUCACAGGCGGCCCUGGACCUCUUUAUUGGAGUGGCAGACUUUUAUCCAGCAUACAGCAGUCCCUCGGCCUGGGCCUGGCAAUCUCCAACUGACCCUCUCGACAUAGCUACAGCGCCGCUCUCACCCAUGGCAUCUACAGCCACGGCCGCCGCCCCGUUCGGUUUCGCCUUUGACGCGGUCCCGCACGAGAGCGGCCUGCAGAGGCCAGACUCGCAGCUGUAUAGCAUGAAUUCUACAUGCGCCGCGACUACUUCUAACGAAUCCAACGAGACGAAAAGUCACGAGGAAUCCCAGUACGUGGUAGCCUCCGUGGGCAGACUGCCACCACCAUCGUCUGGACUUGGGCAGCCUCCACGAGCGACGAAGAGUCUUCCGGCGUUGACCGGCGGACCAGACGUAACUAUAGAGCCCUAUCCUCUUCACUUUUCGCUGCCUUCAACUACACCUGCCACCCGCGAAAAAUUGGAAAAUUGCCUGCGACUGCCUUUAAUGCAGAACCUAUGGGCACACAUGUCGAUAGCGCAAUUUCCGUCGGGGCCGCAACUCGACUACCUCGUUGAUCUAUAUUUUGCCAACUUUGACAUGCUUCUGCCAAUGAUUCAUCGACCUACGUUCGAUUCGGGCACAUAUCCGAUUCUGACCCUGUCCAUGUGCGCCAUCGGUGUUCUUUAUUCCGGAUUCGACAACGCGCACGGAUUCAGCAAGGCACUCUGUGAGCUUUUGCGACGCUUGUUUGUAUGCUUGAGCGAACAGAACGCGAUAGUGACGCGCAGUUACGAGUUCCUGGCGGCACAAACGCUGCAGUCGGUUCUAAGCAACAGCAGUAGCGGAAGACGCCUGUUUGAGUUUGGCGACAAUAACCGGAGCUUUGUCGUUGCCAGCGCACGCGCGGCGGGCUUGCCGCACCUGUCCUUGGCCGAGAUGAACGUCGACAUGCCGUCCUCGACCAGUCACUGGGAGGCCGAAUCUUGGCGCGCCUGGGCGUCAUUGCAGCCCUGGACCAACGGCGCACCUCCGAGAGACGCGCCCUUCCGAGAGACCUUGGACCGCCUCGUGGCGCGGCAUUCAAACACUAACCCAGGGCUCAAUGGCUCUCCCAACCCCUCGGCCACAGCAAACCCGCGCAUGGCCGCGGAGAGUGAAGAAACGGAAGAAUUCCACCUCAUUCUCAUGGCCACGACCUUGUUGCGCACAGUCUGGAACUACCGUCAUCGGAUGCAGUCGCAGCAAUGUCCGGCUCCGAUGCCCGAGCUGUUCACGCCCUCUGUCUCUGCCCACGACAUGGACACGGCGCUGUCUCUGCUGACAAGUCUCGCAACCAGCACCCCGCUGCAAUCUAUCGCGCGUGCGUCCGGGGUUGAAAUUCAGGAUGCUGGCGUGCAGUCUUUUCACGGGCUCCGUGGCCUGCAUGAGGAGCGGCGAUAUUUCGGCUUGGUGCACAGAACCAGAAUCUCGCUCGUCGCGCAGAUCAUCGCUGCGGACCAGGUGAGCAGCCACCUGGAUGCCGAAUGGCAUAGAGGAGCAGCGUCGGGAGACGGCCAUGCGCGAGAGGUUGCGACAGAGCGGCUGCGUGCAUGGGGAGAGGCACAUCCCCUCGAAACCCGUCGCAUGGCCCGGAUCGGCGCCCAGCUGCUGGCCAUCUCCAGGCUGUAUCCAUACCACAUGCCGCGCGAGCCCUACGAUGCGUUUCGCGCCGGGCUGCUGCUGUGGACCAUGGCGCCUCUCAUUCGAGCCGCCGCCCUGACAGCUUCCUCGCAAGCACCAUCCGGACGCGCGGCCACCCCGCGACAAGUGUGCCAGCUAGACUGGCUCGGCGACCACGACACGCCCGAGGGCACCACUCUGCAAAACUGGAUUGACCACGGCGGACACCGUUUUGUGCUUCGGAUGCAUGAGAUACCCGACAUAUGCACAAGGCAGGGCAGUCGCCAGAUUCUCGUCAGCACGUCAAAGGUGCUUCAGAAGCUCCAUGUCUGGGGCGCUUCGGAGGUGUAUCGGGAUAUUGUGCUGCGAGCCUUGCGCGAGGAUGAAAGGGCGCACCUGGAUGAGAAUACGGCGGUAGGCACGUAG